GUUAUCCAUUAAUUAUUAUUAGUGCUCCCACCCGAAACCAUCGAGGAAAGGAAGGGAGACGUCGCGAAGCAGGGCGCAACGGUGCAACCGGCCGGAGCUAGGAAAGAAGUCUUCGGGACUGUGGCGAGGAAUUCGGUGAACGUGCUAGAAAUCCCCACGCAGCGUUAAAUCAUUGCUGCACCCUCAUCUCGCAAUAUGGAUGCGGAGAUGGAGAUCUCCCAGCCUCCGGAGAGCGAUCAAUUUUCGGGGGACGACAUUGCCGCCGAUAUUCUCGCCAGGUUCCAGAAUUCCCCGCAGGAGGGACACCAUAACAUCUGUGCCACAGUCGGCGCGAUUUCUCAGGCCCUCAAGGAGCAGGGUCUGGCACUCACCCCCGUCGCAUAUUUUGCCGCCGCCGUGGCCUCCUUUAUCCGACUCAGCGUUGAUCCACGUACCGCGGGUGGCGAUCCAGAUGUCUCAGCUCUGCUUUCGUUCAUCUCCAUCAUCCUCCCCAGGGUUUCCCCUGCCGUUCUGAAGAACAAAGGGGCUAUUUUUUCUGAAAGCUUAGUUCGGGUUCUGGGAUGCGGAUCGCUUCCUGUGAGUGGGCGGAUUGCAGCGCUUCAGUGUAUAUCGCAUAUGCUCGUAGUUGGUGACAAGUCGAAUUGUUCCACUGUAUCACAAUUAUAUGGAAUUCUUCUGAACCGCGUCACAGAUGAGAACUCCAAGGUGAGAAAGCAGUCUUGUUCCUGUUUACAUGAUGUUCUGCAAAGUUUCCAAGGAUCGACAGUAUUGUUAGCAGCAAGUGAAGGGAUUACCUCUGCUCUCGAGAGAUUUCUACUGCUCUGUGGAUCAAAUCCCCCUAAUUCAGCUACAGGGGAUGAGCCCAAUGGAGCUAGAGAAGUUCUAUUUAUUUUAGAUGCUUUAAAGGAUUGCAUUGACCUCCUUUCAGUAAAAUCUACCAACAUUAUUCUGAAAUGCUGCAAAUAUUUAUUGGAUUUGCGACAAUCGAGUGUCACUAGGAGUAUUAUGAAGACUUUGCAGACUUUAUGCUCUAGACAGGCUUCAAACUUUUCUCUGGAGUUCUUACUUGAGUUAUUGUGCUCUUUGGCUCACGAUAUGCCUGAAAAGGAGAAAUCAGCAGAUGGAUUAGCUUCUGUAGCACGCCUGCUAAGUUUGGGAACGGAAAGAGUAUUUAAUUUAAACAGGAGUAUAUGCAUUUUGAAGCUUCCAAUAAUGUUUAAUUCUCUUGGAGAAAUUUUGGCUGGCGAGCAUGAUGAAGCUAUUUUUGCUGCGGCAGAGGCACUGAAGAGUUUAAUAUAUUCUUGCAUUGAUGAGGAGUUGAUUAAGCAGGGAAUUGAACAGAUAAAUCUGAAUCAUGGAGGAGGAAUAAGGAAGUCUGGUCCUACAAUUAUUGAAAAGAUAUGUGCUAUUAUAGAAGGUUUUCUUGAUUUCAGAUACAGUGCAGUUUGGAAUUCGGCUUUUCAGGUCAUCGCUGCUGGAUUUGAUCAACUAGGGAAUUAUUCAGCAGAGCUGAUGGGGGGCAUCGUGAAGAACCUUGCUGAAAUACAAAGUCUUCCUGAUGAUGAAUUUUCUUAUAAAAAGCAGCUUUAUGAAUGCCUUGGCUCAGCGCUUGCUGCGAUGGGCCCUGAGAAAUUCUUAUGCUUAUUGCCGCUCAAUCUGGAAGCAGAAGAUGUUACUGAUGGGAAGGUGUGGGUACUUCCUAUUUUAAAGCAAUACACAGUUGGCGCUGAAUUGCAUUUUUUCUCUCAUCACAUUUUGAAAAAGAUUAAAUUUUUGAAGCAGAAAUCACUGAAGCUGGAGAGAGAGGGACGCAUUUUCUCAGCUCGUAAUAUAAAAGGCCUUAUAUAUUCAUUAUGGUCCCUGUUCCCUUCCUUUUGCAACUAUCCAGUUGACACAAAUACUAGUUUUAAAGAAAUGGAAGAUAUAUUGUGUAGCACACUUCGUCAGGAAUCUGAAUUUCAUGGGAUCAUCUGUUCGGGUCUCCAGAUUCUCAUACAACAAAAUAAAAGUGCAUCCCAGGAGGGAUUUUACAUAUCAGAUGAGGAGCUAAGUUUUCCUGUAAGGAAAGCUCAGGAAAUUUACACAGCAAAGUUUGCACAAGAGAAUUUAAACACCUUGGGAUCAUCUUUUAAAUUUUUGUCAGUUUUGUCAGAUGUUUUCUUGGAAGCGCCAAAUGAUAAUGGUGGAUGCUUGCAGUCUACCAUCCAUUUGUUCGCCUCUAUAUCAGAUAGAUCAGCCUUAAAAAAAAUUUUCAGAAAAAAUAUGAUAGAGCUACUGAAAGUAACCAAACAAGUUAUCAAAUUGAAGGAGUCCAAGGAGUCAUCUUCCAUGCAAGUUGACAAUUUACCUGAUGAGGCUUCACUAACACGAGCGAGGGCUCUUAGACUAGAAUUAGCAGCUAUGCUUGUCCCUGGUUUGGAUGAAGAAGAGAUUGAUCUGCUAUUCAGCGCAACUAAACCUGCACUCCAGGAUGAAGAAGGGCUUAUGCAGAAAAAAGCAUAUAAAAUUCUUUCACUUAUUCUUAAGGAGUCUGAAGGAUUUUUGUCAAAUAAGUUGGAUGAGUUACUUAAGUUGAUCAUCACGGCAACAGCAUCUUGUCAUUUUUCUGCAAAACGCCACCGGCUUGACUGCUUAUUUUAUGUAAUUGUUCAUAUUUCCAAGGAAACUUCAUCAGAGCAAAGGAUGCGGGAAUUUAUUAGUGCAUUUUUAACAGAAAUACUGCUUGCACUGAAAGAGACAAAUAAAAAAACUAGAAAUAAAGCAUAUGACUUAUUGGUUGAAAUUGGACAUGCAUGCGGAGAUGAAGAACGCGGUGGGAAAACAGAGUACCUGCACCAAUUUUUUAGUAUGGUUGCUGGAGGUUUGGUUAGUGAAACACCACAUAUGGUCAGCGCAGCUAUCAAAGGUCUAGCUCGCUUGGCAUAUGAGUUUUCAGAUCUCAUAGGUGCUGCCUACAAGUUGCUCCCAUCUUCAUUUCUCCUCUUACAGAAAAAAAACCGUGAAAUAAUUAAAGCUAAUUUAGGUUUGAUUAAAGUAUUGGUUGCGAAAUCUAAAGCGGAUGGUUUGGAAGCACAUUUGAAGGGUAUAGUUGAAGGUUUGUUGAAAUGGAAAGACGAUACCAAAAACCAUUUUAAAGCAAAGAUUAAAUCUCUUAUUGAGAUGCUUGUGAGUAAAUGUGGUGUAGAAGCUGUGAAGGCAGUAAUGCCUGAAGAACACCUGAAACUUCUCAAAAACAUCCGCAAGAUAAAGGACCGAAAAGAAAGAAAAGCUAAAUCUUGGGCAGAUACUAAUUCACUGUACUCGAGAACAAGUGCUUCUAGGCAAAGUAGAUGGAAUCAUACCCGCAUAUUUUCUGACAUCGGAGAUGAGGAUGGAAGGGAUGGUAGCGAUAUUGAAAAUGGAGGAGCACGCACCAGGACAUCUUUUCCAGCAUCCAGAGCUUCAUUAAGGUCCACCCGAAAGCGCAAAUCAUUCAAUAAGAGCUUGCCGGAAGACUUACUCGAUCAGUCUGACGAUGAUCCGCUCGACUUAUUGGAUCGCAGGAAAACCAGAUCGAUCCUGCAGUCCGCAUCUAAGCUCAACAGGAAAGUUGAAGCUACUGAAGAUGAGCCAGAAAUCGAUAAUGAUGGCCGACUCAUUGUAUGCGACGACUUGAUUAAACCCAAGCAACAGAAAAAUUCUUCAGUUAAAGAUUCUGAAACAAGAAGCUUAUCUAUCAGCCUUAAAUCAGGAAAAUCUUCACGGAGUUCCGAGAAGAAGCGGCAUAAGACGGAGUCCGGCUGGUCUUAUACCGGCGCUGAUUACACGAGCAGAAAAGCUGGUGGUGAUUUGAAGAAGAAAGGUAAGCUCGAGCCCUACGCCUAUUGGCCUCUCGACCGCAAACUUCUGAACCGCCGAGUGGAUCGAAAAGCCGCUGCUCGCAAGGGCAUGGCGACCGUAAUGGUGACAAGAGAUCUUAAGAGUGACAAGAGAUCUUUAGAAACUUGA